CAUUUCUCACAGCUUUCACAGGAAGUCCACGAGGCCUCAUCUGAUCUCACAUUCUCUUCCUGCAGCAACAACCAUGAAAAUAGCAUCGUUCAACAUCCAGAGAUUUGGAAAGAGCAAAGUCUCAGACCCAGAAGUCCUCAAACUUUUGAUUAAGAUUGUGUCUCGAUAUGACAUAAUCCUGAUCCUGGAGGUGGUUGACAAAGCUGGAGACGCCGUUAAAACCCUCCUGGAUGCACUAAAUACAGCCAACGUGGAGCAUCACUACACCAUGAAGAUCAGUAGUCGCCUGGGCCGCACACGCUACAAGGAGCAGUUCAUGUUCCUGUACAGGGAUGACCUGGUGGACCUGGUGGGCUCCUAUCAGUUUGAUGACGAGGAGGCUGAGGGAGGAGACAUUUUCGCCAGAGAACCCUACAUCCUGCAAUUCAGAUGUCUCAAUACAGUGCUGAAGGACCUGGUGAUGAUCCCUGUUCACACCAAACCAGAUGACUCAGAGAAGGAGUUGGACGAGCUCUAUGACGUCUUCCAGCACGUCAAGGAAAAAUGGAAGACCGAUAACGUAAUGAUCCUUGGCGACUUCAACGCAGACGGCCUCUACGUCUCUAAGAAGAAGAUGAAGCGCAUCCGUAUCCGUAGCGACAAGAACUUCCACUGGCUCAUUGGAGACGACGUUGACACCACGGCAAACACCGGAAACGACCACACCUACGACAGGAUCGUAGUCUACGGAGACGACAUGUUGGACGCUGUUGUCCCCAACUCCGCCAAACCCUUCAACUUCCAGGAGGCCUACGGACUCAGCACAGAACAGACUCUGAAGGUGAGCGACCAUUACCCCGUGGAAGUGGAGCUGAAGUCCACGACGUGGAGCGGGGGGGCAGGCGAGAACCUGCUGGAGCUGAAGAGGGGGAACCUGCUGCUGGAGAGGGAGAAGUUGACCCUGGAGAUCCAGAUUCUGCGGUUAAAGAAGGCUAAGAUGGAUGGCGGAGAUGAACUUUGAACUCGGGAGGCCCCCCCGAAAGAAAAAAACGCACUUGAAUGGACAAUAAAACACCAUCUUGAAUAUUGAUCACCUCUGGAAUCUCAGCUGGCUCCAGAUGUUCUUUACCUCACCAUUGAGAACUCGUUGCAACUGAAUCAAGAGCAUUUUAUCUUUCUUCUCUGAGAAUUUCUUGAUUCGACAGCUAGCAGACAUGAGUCUGGACUCGAUGGAGGCUUCACAAUACUUGUACAUAUGUGUUUUAUUACAGAAAUAAACGCCCAGGGUCCGGAACCCUGUGUUU